AUGGAUGUCAAGGUACAUUUCGCGACCCAGCUCACGAGGGUCCUCUUCCCGACCAUGUUCGCCAGUCAACAGUCCCUUGUAAUGAACAUUUCAUCCCUGUCUGCGACUGGACUGCCUUACCUCAUCAUCUACGCGGCGUCAAAAUCUUACAUCGAUUCGUUCACGAGAGCAUUGCAUGCCGAGAUACAGGCCGAGAGGGCAGGGAUUAACGUCAGGGGUGUCAUCUGUGGGAAUGUCCAUAGUGAGGGCCACAAAAUCAUCCCCAGUUUAUUUGUGCCAGCAUUUCAAACAAUGGCACCUGAGGCGCUUGAGCGAGAGAUGCAGGAAAGUGAAGUUGAGCUAGGGCUUAGAGGAGUCGAUGAAGGAUGUGAGAGACCCGAUGCUUGGAAUUUGUCCAUUGCUAAAGAACGUUUCAGUAAACGCUGGGGUUAUCUUUCACCAAUAAAAGUUCGCGCUGCAUCCUUCCAAUUUACCAUGGUCGUCAAUCCAAGUCACAUCAGGAACGUGCUUCGGUCUUCGAGAAUCCUGACCAACAGGCCUAUGAUGGUGUUUGUCAUGAGGAACUGGUUCUAUACGCCCAAGGAAUCUUUGCACUACUACGCUACCCAUAAUCCAAGCAGGUCAUCGUCAGGAGUGAAAAUCGAGCAUAUCCAUGAUUUGCAAGCGAGCAUCAGCAUCAAAUAUUUGUCGGGCAAAUAUCUCGUGGCAAUGUCGGAAAGAUACCUUGCGAUCCUCAAGGUUAGACUAGUCAAGCUCGAACUCCCAGCCGAUAGCUGGACGGAAAUUCCGGACUUCUAUACGUGGCUUCAGAGUCAAGUUACUCCCUCAGUUAUUGAAGCCAUGAUGGGUUCCCGAAUUUUGCAAAUGUACCCUGGCAUUGUGGGAGAUUUUUGGGAGUUUGACCGUCAGAUCGCAAAUUAUUCCCGUGGCUUCCCUCGCUGGCUGAUCCCCUCUGCGUAUCAAACUCGGGAUCGUUUGUUAACAAAGAUCAAGGCAUGGAACCAAGUUGCACAUCGCAACUCAGAUUGCACACAGUAUGGGGAAGAGGGCCCCGAGUGGGAUGAAUUCUUCGGAUCCAAAUUUAUUAAGGCUCGUGAAGAUGCUCUGAAGAACCAUGGUCUGGAUGACGACGCAAUUGCGUCUGAGCAUUUGGGACUUCUCUUUGGGUCCAAUGCAAACGCCGUUCGCGCCGUUUUCUGGUAUAUUUUCGAAUCUCUCAAGGAUUUGGAUUUGCAGAAAUGCCUGAAGGUGGAGCUCCAAGAUUGCUUGAAGCCGGAUGCUGGCGACUUCGAUGUCGCUAAAUUUUCCACCAAACCAUUACUGCAGUCCACCUACGCAGAAGUGUUGCGCCUUCGGGUCACAACCACCAUGACACGCACAAACGAGAACGCCGACUUUAAGCUGGGCCCAGAUUAUACUAUUUCUAAGAACAUGACUAUGACAAUAUUCUCGUCCAUCACGGCGCAUAACAAAGAAGCCUGGGGAGCCAUGAGACCGGAGAGUGUUACCAAGCCUUUAGAAGAAUUCUGGCCAGAAAGGUUCCUUGUUCAAAAGUAUAACAACAAAAAUCCAGCCUUCAGUGUCGAAGGCUUGACUGAAUGCUGGAUGCCUUACGGCGGAGGCCAACGCAUGUGUCCCGGGCGCCAUUUCGCCAAGAAUGAAAUCAUUGGUACGCUGGGAUUGCUUUUGGACUUGUUCGAAUGUGAACUGGUUGAUAUCCAGGAAGCUCAACGGGUCAAAGCUGACAAACGAUGGGUACCGUACGGGACGUUGCCGCCGACCAGAAAGGUGGCCGUGAGAAUGCGAAGGCGUGGAAUAUGA